AGAGAGAGAGAGAGAGAGAGAGAGAGAGAUCAGUCUUCUCUGCUUUCUUGGAGGGCGACACGAAGCGCCCUAUCGAAGUCCAUAUUUUUGGAGCGUUCGAUCAAACCAAGCGAAUGAUCUGUGGCCACGAACUGCUACCAGCUCCCGAAGGCCACUGCGUGGUGCCAAUCUCGGUCCCGUGGUGCUUGGUCGUGGAGAUCUCGGGUGCAUGGUGUUCCAGGUGGAACCCCCGCGGCUCGGGAGCUCGGGCUAGCCUUUGCGGAGCUCUUUGUUCAGGUUCUUGGUCGACGCCGAGGUAGGGUUUGGAGGUCGUGGUUCUCCCCGGAAAGGCGGCUACUUUCGGUGGUUGGUUUGGAGGGAGCUGCGAAGGGGAGAUCCGGCGGUUCUUCCUGCUGCCGUUUGGUUUUUUUUUAUUAUCACAAUGCGUGGGAUGGUUGGAGUUGUCGUGAUUUCAGCUGUUGUUUGAGGUCAUUGAAGCUUGGGAUUGAGUGAGGUAAAAAGACUUCAUCUUUUUAUGGGGUUUCAGCUCGGUAGGUUUGGUUGAGGUAGAUGGUGUGUUGGUUCUUUCUUUCUUUCUCCCCUUUGAAGUUAGCUUUUUGGGUUUAAGUUUGAGCAUCAGGCGAAGGAAUAUGUAGUGGUUGAGGUGAAGGGUUACAGUCGGUGUCUUCGUGACAAAUUGAAUAAGCUUGGGAAACUGGAAUCUCUCGGAUCUGCGAUUCUGGUGCUAAGUCCAAUAUUUUCUUUUGAUGUCAAAAUUUGCUAUCUGUAAACCUAGUAAAUGCAGAUCGAAGCUUAGUAAUUGAAAGUGGCCGUUUCUUGCAUAGGUAUUCCAUAUGGAUUAGGCCAAGCCAAUUAGUCUUUUUAUAUGUCUGAUAAGUAGCUUUCAUAGAUUGAAGUCUACAAGGUUUACGAGCAGAGGAGUAAAACGUUGGAGCAGGCUUCCUUGUGGAAACAGGCAAGGUAAAACUAAGAUCCGAGUUUUGUUGCAUGAAGUGCCUGUGCUCAAAGAUUUCAGUUUGCUGACAAAAAGGAGCAACUUUGAUUGUAAGUAAAUAGUGGAGCAUGCAAUCUAGUGGAAAGAGGCAAGAAAGGAGCAGCCUUGAUAGUAAGAGUGUGUGCUUCCUCCUGCAAUAAGCUUCGUCUCAACUACCAAAGAUGAGGCUCGCAUCUUCAAAUAUCCCCAAUCAGUCAGAAGAAGAAGAAACACGGUGUUUGAACUCUGAGUUAUGGCACACAUGUGCGGGACCUCUAGUUUCAUUACCAGCUGUUGGAAGUCGGGUGGUAUAUUUCCCACAGGGUCACAGCGAGCAGGUAGCUGCAUCAACCAACAAAGAAAUUAACUCUCAAAUCCCCAAUUACCCAAGCUUACCUCCCCAGCUGAUCUGUCAGCUGCAUAAUGUUACUAUGCAUGCAGAUGUGGAGACUGAUGAAGUUUAUGCUCAGAUGACAUUGCAACCACUGAGCCCACAAGAGCAAAAAGAUCCCUAUCUCCCUAAUGAUUUGGGUACCUCCAACAAACAACCAACAAAUUUCUUCUGUAAGACGUUGACUGCAAGUGACACCAGUACUCAUGGUGGAUUCUCUGUUCCCCGUCGAGCAGCAGAAAAAGUUUUUCCUCCUUUGGACUAUUCACAGCAGCCUCCUGUUCAGGAGUUAGUUGCAAGAGACCUUCAUGACAAUGAAUGGAAGUUUCGUCACGUUUUUCGUGGUCAGCCGAAGAGGCAUCUUCUGACUACAGGAUGGAGUACUUUUGUGAGUGCAAAGAGACUUGUUGCAGGGGAUUCUGUUCUUUUUAUCUGGAAUGAAAACAAUCAGUUGCUUUUGGGUAUUCGGCAUGCCAAUCGACCUCAAACAUUUAUGCCUUCAUCUGUACUGUCUAGUGAUAGCAUGCACAUUGGCCUUCUUGCUGCAGCUGCUCAUGCUGCAGCUACAAAUAGCCGAUUCACCAUUUUCUAUAACCCAAGGGCAAGUCCUUCUGAAUUUGUGAUUCCACUAGCUAAGUAUGUCAAGGCAGUCUAUCACACCCGGGUUUCUGUGGGUAUGCGUUUCCGGAUGCUGUUUGAAACUGAAGAGUCAAGUGUUCGACGAUACAUGGGCACAAUUACAGGGAUUAGCGAUCUUGACCCUGCCCGAUGGCCAAACUCACACUGGCGUGCCCUAAAGGUUGGCUGGGAUGAGUCAACAGCUGGAGAGAAGCAGCCUAGGGUAUCACUUUGGGAGAUUGAACCUCUAACAACCUUUCCAAUGUAUCCAUCUUCCUUUCCUGUUCGUCUUAAGCGCCCAUGGCCCACUGGAUUGCCCUUCUUUCAUGGUGGAAAUGAUGAUAUCGAUCUCAAUUUACCUCUGAUGCGGCUUAGAGAUGGUGGAAACCCAGCAAUUCAGUCAUUAAAUUUCCAGGGUGUUGGUGUUACACCUUGGAUGCAGCCAAGACUUGAUGCUUUAAUGCUUGGUCUACAACCUGACAUGUGCCAGGCAAUGACUACAGGAGCGCUUCGGGAAAUGAGGACCAUAGAUCCUACAAAGCAGGUCUCUCCUGCAAUGCUUCAAUUCCAGCAACCACAGAACUCAGCUAAUAUAUCCACUCCCACACUACCAAGUCCAAUUCUACAGCAUGUGCAAACCUUCCUUCAAGCCACACAAGAUAAUCAGGUCCAAAGCCAGAAUCAGUCUCAAUUUCUUCAUCAUCAUUUGCAACAGGGCCAUUCCUUUGCUCAACAAGGGCAACAGCAAGUUCCACAGCAGCAGCAGCAGAAUCUGCAUCUGCUGACACCACAUUGUCAACAAAUUCAGCAGCAGAAGAUAUUGUGUGGUUAUCAAGAAGUACCUUAUGUUGCUUCAAAUCUUUUACAGCUUAGCUCUAGUUCUCAAUCCCAAUCAACCACAUUGCACAUGAUUUCCCCAUCUUGCCAGCUGAAGGACUUCCCAGAUUCUAAUGGUAACUCUGUUUCAGCAUCCAAUGCCUCUCCUCUGCAUGGUAUUUUCCAGCAAAAUUCUUCUGAAGAAACAUCACAACUUAGUUUGCCAAAAUAUGGUCAACCAGUUACUUCCAGUCCCUGGUCAUCCAAGCGAGCUGCAGUUGAGUCAGGGCUCCCUUUGGGGGCUCAAAGCGUGCUCUCGCAUGUAGAACAAUUGGGUGCAACACAACCUAAUAUUUCCCUGCACUCUGUUAUGUUACCACCAUUUCCUGGAAAAGAAUGCUCAGCAAGUCGAGAUGGUAACAUGGAUAUGCAAAACCAGCACUUGUUUGGUGUCAAUGUCGACUUAUCAAUUCUAGCGCAGAAUGGCAUUCCAAGCCUCAACACUGGUGUCAGUGAGACUUGUUCGACAAAUUUGUCGUAUGCCACAUGCAAUUUACUGAGCUCCUCUGGAAAUUAUUUCCCUAUCAAUCGAGCAUUGAGUGGUUGCAAUGGUUUGGAUGAAUCAAGAUUUUUGAGGUCCCAUGAGAAUGUUGAUCAAGCAAAUCCGCAGAGUGGAUUGUUUGUUAAGGUAUAUAAAUCAGGUUCAUUUGGGAGGACACUGGACAUCACCAAGUUUAGCAGCUACCAUGAUUUACGCAGUGAGCUUGGGUGUCUUUUUGGCCUGGAAGGCCAAUUGGAGGACCCUUUGAGAUCAGGCUGGCAGCUUGUUUUUGUCGACUGGGAGAAUGAUGUCCUUCUUGUUGGCGAUGAUCCUUGGCAGGAGUUUGUAAACAGUGUGUCAUACAUAAAGAUACUUUCGCCGGAAGAAGUGCAGCAGAUGGGCAAACAGGGAAUAGAUUUCGUGAAUUCAGCCCCCGUCAAGAGGCUUCAAAGAAAUGGAUGUGAUGAUCAUGUUAGUCAGCAGGAUUCAACAAAUCUUAGCGCCAGGAUCACAUCCGUGGGGUCAUUCAAAUACUGAAGAGGCAACCUUCUCUGUUCCCAGCCCUACAUUUUGCUGCACUUGAGAGUUGGAAUUAAGCACCAAGUAUGACUACCUGAUCUGGUCUAUAUGGCUAAUAACUGUAUCAUAUUGUAUGUUCUCAUAACCUUGAUGCAUUUGCCAACACUUUUCUUCAGAAGACUGGUUAUUAUUAAUGUAGGCUGUUUCAUUCUUCUA